GGAGGCCGGGGAGGAGCCGGGGCCUGCAGCGGAGCCGAGCCGAGCCCGAGCCCGAGCCGAACCCUGACACGGCCCGUCCGCCUUUUGGCUCCCGGGAGCCGGGACUGGCGGGAACCCGAGACGUGGCAGCGCGGGGAGCCCCACGCGCCGAAGGGAGCGGCCCGGACGGGACGGGACUAGCGGAGGCGCUGCCGUCACAGUAGCCAGUGCCGGGAGUCGGGAGCUGCGGCCUCCCGGACCCUGCUGCCCAGGCCAGCUGAGGGAGAGGGGAGUAGGAAAGCCCCACCCUCCGGGGCACCCCAGGAGUGGAGGCGGGAGCGGGGACUGGAACAGGGAGAGAAGACCCUUACCUAAGACGGGCUCGGGAAAGAAGAGACCCCUAUAGGGAACCCGUCUUUCCUUCCUGGAGGCGAGGAAACCCCCCUGACCGGCCCGGGAGGAGACCCUCAGAAGUAGAAAGGGGCGAUCCUUCCUAAAGGAAGCAGUGUGAGACCACCCUAGCGUGCCACCCCUCCUAACACACACUCUCAGCAGUUCAGAACUUUUGAGGCAAAGAGAGAGGGGGUCAUGCCUAUGGAGUAGGCAUCCUCCAUCCUACCCAGUACUCACAGGAGAAAGGUGUCCUUACUUUCAGAAGCAGGGGACACUCCAAGGAAGAAAGAGGAAUCGGCUUUCAGCCACUCAGGAGAGGGGAAGACCUCCCUCCUGAACUUCCUGGUACCCAGACAGUGGAACAGGACAGAGCCCCUCCGCUCAGAUCUCCAGCAGACAGAAAGAGCCCUCUACCCCUGAGAGAUCCAGUUUGGGGGGGGAGGGGGAGUCCCCCAAGGGGGAGGAGACAACUCCUGGUUGGGAGAGGCUCCUCCCCUCCUCCCCAGGGUAGCUGGCAGGGUGUGGGGGGUGUGCCACCUUCCCCAGGUAGGACCUCCUUCUCCUCCUCCCCCACCUCCGCAUCCUGCUCUGCAUCCUCAGGGGACCCAGUUCCCCUCCCCAGGUUGGAAGGCUCAGCCGAGUACAGGAAGAGCCACUGAGAAUGAGACCAGCCUUGUGCCUCUGAAGAGGGGAAUCCCUCCAACCCCAAACUCCAGUACCAGGUGGUUCCCUCCCUUUGCUGGGGGAGCCUUGGAGACAGAACCCAAAAGAACCAUGGCUUCUGACCUGGAGAGUAGCCUCACCUCCAUAGACUGGCUCCCCCAGCUGACCCUCCGGGCUACCAUUGAGAAGCUAGGGAGCGCCUCUCAGGCUGGGCCUCCAGGGGGUGGCCGCAAGUGCUCGCCAGGCUCACCCACAGAUCCAAAUGCCACCCUGAGCAAAGAUGAAGCAGCAGUCCACCAGGACGGCAAGCCACGGUACAGCUAUGCCACCCUCAUCACCUAUGCCAUCAACUCCUCUCCAGCCAAGAAGAUGACCCUCAGUGAGAUUUACCGCUGGAUCUGUGACAACUUCCCCUAUUACAAGAAUGCUGGCAUUGGCUGGAAGAACUCAAUUCGGCAUAACCUUUCUCUCAACAAGUGUUUCCGGAAGGUGCCCAGACCUCGGGAUGACCCUGGGAAGGGCUCCUACUGGACAAUCGACACCUGCCCUGACAUCUCCCGAAAGAGAAGACACCCUCCGGAUGAUGACUUAUCCCAAGACUCACCGGAACAGGAGGUGAGCAAGAGCCCACGGGGAGGCAUUCCAGGGAGUGGAGAAGCCUCGCUGUCUCCUGAGGGGAACCCCCAGAUGCCACUCCAGAGUCCCACACCCAUCGCCAGCUACAGCCAGGGCACAGGAUCUGUGGAUGGUGGAGCGGUGGCAGCAGGGGCUUCAGGCCGAGAAAGUGCUGAGGGUCCCCCUCCCCUCUAUAAUACCAACCAUGACUUCAAAUUCUCGUACUCAGAGAUCAACUUUCAGGAUCUAAGCUGGUCCUUCCGCAACCUCUACAAAUCCAUGCUGGAGAAAUCCUCUUCCUCCUCUCAGCACGGCUUCUCAACUCUCCUGGGGGACAUGCCGCCCUCUAACAACUACUACAUGUACCAGCAGCAGCCGCCGCCACCUCCACAGCAGCAGCAGCAGCAGCCGCCGCAGCCACCUCCUCAGCAGUCACAGCCGCAGCCCCCACCGCAGCCGUCUUCAGCCCAGGGCCCCUCAGCUGUAGGGGGUGCUCCCCCACUGCACACCGCAAGCCCAGAUGGUUGUACCCCAGCAGGGGGAAAGCAAGCUGGUACUGAAGGCUAUGGGCCUCCCCCUGUGAUGGCCAUGCACCCACCCCCCAUGCAGCAUGGAGGCUACCACCCUCAUCAGCACCACCCCCACUCCCACCCUGCCCAGCAGCCACCACCACCACCACAGCAGCAGGCACCAGGCCAGGCUCCUAUCAGCAGUGCUGGUUUUGUGUUUCCUCCUGACUGGUGCUCCAAUAUUGACUCCUUAAAGGAAAGCUUCAAGAUGGUGAAUCGGCUUAAUUGGUCCAGCAUAGAGCAGUCACAGCUCUCAGAACUGAUGGAGAGCCUACGACAGGCAGAGCAGAAGAACUGGAGCCUCGACCAGCAUCACAUCGCCAAUCUGUGUGACUCCCUCAACCACUUCCUUACUCAGACUGGUCACGUGCCCCCCCAGGGGGGCUCCCAUCGGCCGCCAGCCCCUGCCCGAAUGGCUGACUCCUGUGCUCUCACCAGUGGCAAACAGGAGCCAGCCAUGAAUCAAGUGAACUCUUAUGGGCACCCCCAGGUCCCCCACCUCUACCCUGGCCCGUCACCGAUGUACCCACUCCCUACCCAGGACUCAGCAGGAUACAAUCGCCCGGCACACCAUAUGGUCCCUCGGCCACCAGUCCCACCUCCUGGUGCCAGCGAGGAGAUCCCCGAUGACUUUGACUGGGACUUGAUCACUUAAUGUGUCAUCGAGCGUGGACAUCAGCCCAGGGCCGGGCAGUGAAGUCUGGCAGUGGGAAAGGGCAGCCCAGCCCAUCCCUUCCACCCUUGCCUGUGUAUAGAUAUAUAUCUUCUUUUUUUUUCUUUCUCUGUUAGAGAAGCCACCGCAAGAUGCUGCCGAAGAUAACCCCUUCUUUCCUUCCUCACUCUCCUCUCUUCCUUCCUGUAUUUCCCUAAUUCUUUUAUUAUUAUUCUUAUUAUAUUAUUAUUAUUGGUCUUGUGCUGUCCCCAUUCUCCUGACCUGCCUUACACCAUGGACCAUGUCCACCCCUUGCUAAUUUAAAAUCAUCAGGCAAGAAGGUGAGGCCAUGAUAGCUAAUGAGAAAGGUUCAAACCCUGACUUAGCUUUCUCUUUGAGAAAUGCAAUGCUCAUCUCGGCCCUUAAUUAUUUUCUAUUCCUGUCAAUUUCAGUCCAGGACUGGAGAGGCCACAUACCGAGUAGAAGGGUCUGAAACACUGCCUGGCAACCUUAAAGUGCAAGUUUUACUCAAUGGUGCUAAUUCUGUCCUCUGAGCUCUUUCCUGUCCCUUCAUACUUCAAUCCUUACUUCUGCCAAUUCCCAUUCCCCAUCAAGGGUAACAGUGAUGCUGGCGGUGGAGGAGGGUGACAAUAAAAUCCUAAUGAAAUAAGAGGCCUGGGUUGGUUGAGUAGAAUGUCACAGAGAGGUGCUCGUUUAUAAAUCAGUCUGAACUGGGUAUAUACUGCCAUGUGAAAUGAGCUUCCAAUGACUUACUCUUAGCCAUUUUCUCCGAGACAUAGGGUUAAUCUUAGCCAGAACUCUGCUUCUAUGGUAGGGCAUGAAGACAACUUAAUCAAUAUAGGUUCAGCUUCUUGGAGAUGUUUUCAACUUACCCAUUUUAGCUUUUUUAAAACUAGUUUUCUCUUGAAAUUAACUGUGGCUCUCAUUUGUAUUUAUAAAUUAUCAUCCCUCUCCUUUUCCCAUUCAGCAAAUUUUAUUUUGUUCUUCUUUAGUUUUUUGGCCAAAUCUUCCAUCCAUCUUAUUUUCUUCCCCCAUUUUCUGGGAUUCUCAAGAAAGAAAAAUAACUCACUUUCAUUCAUCAGGUUCUAGAACAUGAUGAGAAUCUCUUUCCACCUAUCAUGACAGAAUCAAAUCUGUGGUAUUGGUGGUAGGAGGGUGGGGAGAAGAAAAGGGAGCUGGCUUAGACACAGGGAGGGGAUAUUUCAGUUAUUUAACUGUAUAGACAAAUGCUUGUCUUGGAAUCCAGAUCAUUGAGGCUGAAGGUUUUGCAAUUAGGUUUUUGAGUGGUGAAGAGAAUUGGUAGAAGGGAAUAAUUUCUAGAGGCAAGAAUCCAAUGAAGGUCAAAGUUGAUUCCCAGAAAAAGGUGUAGGAUAAUUUAGCUCCUAUAAAAGAGGUAGCCAUAACUUAUUGCUGCAAAGUACUCAGUGUAUAUUUAAUGUUAAUUGUUGAAUAUUAGUUAUGAGAGAGAAGAAUAAUUAUAUUUCUGUUUUCACUAAAUUUUCACUUUUUGGAUGCUACAGGACAAAAUGGAUGGAAUGAACAAGGCUUCUCUCUCUGAAGUCUAUUUGGGAUUUUUUGUUCAGAUUCUUUCAUUUACCUAUGAUUUCCAAGAGAUUUGGCUUUCUACUCCCCUUUUUUACCCUUCAUCCACCUCUUUCUUUGGAAGGGGGUUAUAUGUGAGAGUUUAUUGAAAAAGUCCAGUGAGGCUGAAGUAAAGGGGCAAGAAAGAGCAGGUAACUAAAGAGCACUUUAUUUCUUUGAAGCCUUUGUAAGAAAGAAAUGGGGUUGGAAUGGCUUGAAUCCCCCAUUGUGUUGGAGGGCAGUUGGUGGGGUUGAAGGAUAACAUAAUAUUUCCCAUUGGGGAAAGGAGAGUUGCUUUUAGAGAAUGGCAGAAUGCCUUUGCCCAGUGUUCUUGUUUUCCCCAUCUCUUCCUUAUUCCUUCCAUUCAAGGUGCCUCCUACACAAAACUUCUCAUCAGUUCUCUCCAAGAUUCUUCUCUCUACAAAUUACCACUCCUGUUUUGUAAACCCCUUUCCUGCUCAGAUCCAAACAGCAUUUGCAAGGGUAGACUGAGUCAUAUAGGAAAAUGCCCCUUGUUUUAAUUCACCUUUGUCUUCUGAAAACUAAUUUCACUAAGAACCCUGGUAACCAGUCAGAGUAACUGCAGUUUUGAGCCAGGUUUGUAGAUUGCCCAGCAGACCUCCUGGGAUUCCAACUCCUCUCUCUGCCAAGCUCAGCCUGCUAAAUGUAAAUGGCACAGGAAGAAUCCCAACUUUCUUUGGGUCUCAGUUUCCUCUCCCCUCCGUGAAAUGGAAAAAAUAUUACUUUUUCUUUUUUGUCCAGCCCUUGCUGGACAUGAAGUAUAGUCAUUGUUGUUGUAUUGGGUGAUGUGUGCAAAAUUGCAGGAGCUCACUGCCUACGAGAGGAAAUAAGGGAGAAAGUGGAAGAGAGGGUCAGAAGAAGCAAGUAUUUGGUGUAGAUCUACCCCUCUCUGCCUUCCUCUCCUCAACCCCCAUGUUUCUGAUUUGUUGAGUCCUUCAUACCACCCAUAAUGCUUUGCAUUGGUGCAGGCUGGGAAGGGGGUAUAUGGUCUCACAAGUUGUUGUUUUUUGCAUGCUUUCUUAAUAAAAAAAAAAAAGAAUGUUUACAGUUUUA